AUGCCGUCUUUUGAACUCGAGGUCAAGACUUUUACGCAUCGAUACAACAGGCUACACAAUAUGAUAUCCACCUCUUCUCCCCCACCAAACCAAAAGGAUAUUGUGGGUCAACAUACUCGGAGCCUUCGUUCAGACUUUAACCCGAAUGACAAGGAUUUCUUCGACUCCGAAACGCAACGGUCUUUCCAGCCUAUCUCUAAUGAGGGCCUCCAACUUUUAAAGAUCUCGGAUGCCGACACCACGGAGGUGCAAAGCACUCUAGACAUCCCGAAUUUCGAUCUCAUAUUGCAGGAUUAUUUGGCAUAUACCUCUGAAGACUUCCACGGCGGUAAUAAGGCCUUCCUCUUCUCUACCUCCGGACUAUUUCGAGAUGUUGACACUACUAGCUAG